AUUUCCCUAAAUUCCUCACUAUAUACAUGUCUAUUCAAUGGUCGUGCUCGUCGAUGGUCACGUGAUCAUGAAAUCCAUCCAAUCAAAAAAUGUCUAAUGUACCACGUGACAUGAAAAAUCGAAAUGGUGGACGUAUCAGGACGCAGGGUUGGAUCAUGGGACGCAGGAUCCCGUCGGAGUCGAAGGACGAAAAACUGGGCAAGGGCUCCGAACACAGCCGUCACCCGUUAGCCGUGUCAUCGGUGAUCGGUUCGCGAAAAACGAGUGCAACAAUUUUUUUGUGUAAUAAUAAGACUCCUUUCAUUUUCUAAACACGCGGAACAAUUAUCGGCUAACGUGUGUGUCUCAACAACCCAAGUGUCAACCUAGUCUCUCUCUUUCUCUCUCUUUUCUCCAUACGUACACUCCCUCGGUCAAAAGUUUCAGAGAAAAAACAGGACGCUGAUAAUAGGCGUAGAAAACUCCUUCGUCGUGCGUGUGAAACUGAAUUGUGUAAUUAAAUGGUGUGAUUGAAUGCGCGCUACAAUAAUCACUUGGACUUAAUUAAUAAGCAACAGUCUGGCACGGAGGUUGGGUCUGCGAAAGCAUGUUCCAAUCCCCUAUGGAUACCUUGUGAUACGAAAGGAUGUCGCGAGUAAUACAUGGUUCGAUUUCUUACCAGUUACCCUAAGAUGCAAAGAUCUAUACUCAAUAAACAGAAAUAAUUAGUGAAAAUUCUGCAACAAAUAUGUUAAAAUACUCUAAAGGUGCAAAAAGACCCAACGAGGGUGGAAAUUUAUAUAUUUUUGUAGCCCAGUGAUGGAACUAAGUUACUGUAUGACAACAAUAGCUAACCCACGCAUAGUUUCCAUUUGACAUAAUGAAUGGCUUGAUAAUAGUUGAAAAGUUGUUAGAAGUGGGCUGCUGAAUAUACUAUAUUCAAAUAGUGUGUCAUAUUGUGAUAUCCUACAUUAAAUGCACAAUAUCUUUACUUGAAAAUACUCUGUAAAUUAUCCCUUCGCAGAACAAAAACAAAAAAAUUUCCCAUUAUCUACCAGCUUUUUUUUUUUUUUUUCGUUUUUUGUUUUCACUCGACAAGAGACUAGAAUUUAAUUAAAAAAAUUUUUGUCCAUUUUUUUUUUUAAUAAAUAAAAAUUUACAAAUUCUGGAAAAAACAAAUUUUUUUAAAAAAUAUUUUAAGUGAUAUACAAAAAAAAAAAGUACCUCAUAAAAAAUUAUUUUUUUAAUCAUUAAAACGUAUAUAUAUAUUUUUUUUUAAAUGAUUGAAAUUUUGAAAAAAGAAUCAAAUAGAAUACUGAUGAGAUUUAAUUAAGAAAAGAAGGAAACAAUGAACAAAUAGAGUAUGGAACAUUUUUAACAAGAGUACAAUGUACACGAGAUAUUUAAAAUACUUUUAUUAUUAUCGGAAAUCUACAAGAAAAUCCGAAGGAAAAGCUUUCACACGAUAUUUUAUGGAUGAUAGAGGAGAAAACUUUUAACCCUUAUAGUCAAAGGGUUAAAAAUCAUGGACGGUAGUAGUUCAGGAGUGGUGCAAGUAUUCGUGGGAGAAUGGAGUCCCGAAUACGAAGCACUUUCAAUUAAAGCAACCAAGCAAACUUCUUCUGCCGAAAUCGUAGAGUGUAUCAUCGAGAAACUAAAGCUUGAAGAUAGUACAGCCUCAAUUGGCUAUGAAUUAGCGGAAGUAGUUGGCAAUUCGGUUGGUCAGGAAUGUAAGGAAAGAAGAUUGGGUCCAUCUGAGUGUCCUGUAGCACUUAUGUUGCUUUGGCCGAAAAGUGCUGCUCAACAAGAAUACUACAGGUUUUAUCUGAGGAAAAAGCAACCUGACUAUAUAUGGACAGAUAGUAGAUUUCCAAUGGAUCCUCAAUUAUUAAAGGACUAUUUCAAUAGAUUCCUUUAUCAGCCACGUGACAAAGAAUAUCCAGAUCUCUGUCAGUUACCUGAUUUAAAUGAACAAACACUAUUGGAUAAUUUGAGAGCAAGAUUUUUAGCGGGCAAAAUAUAUACCUAUGUGGGAAGUAUAUUAAUUGCUCUUAAUCCAUUUAAAUUUUAUCCAAUUUAUAAUCCAAAAUAUGUGAGUCUUUAUCAAAAUCGAAGACUAGGCACUGAUAUACCACCGCAUAUAUUUGCAAUAGCUGAUGCUGCAUAUCAUUGUAUGUUAAAAGAAAAAAAGAAUCAAUGUAUUGUUAUUAGUGGUGAAAGUGGAUCGGGUAAAACAGAAUCGACGAAUUUUCUUCUACAUCAUUUGACGGCCCUUAGUCAAAAGGGAUCACAUGGAAGUGGCGUUGAACAAACGAUACUCAGUGCUGGUCCGGUUUUAGAGGCAUUUGGAAAUGCUAAAACCGCGCACAAUAAUAAUAGUAGUCGCUUUGGAAAAUUUAUUCAAGUGAACUAUAAAGAAAAUGGAAUGGUUCAUGGAGCCGUGGUUCAAAAAUAUUUAUUGGAAAAAUCGCGAAUCGUUUCGCAAGGCAGAAACGAGAGAAAUUAUCAUGUAUUUUAUUAUCUGCUGGCCGGAGCAACUGAACAAGAGAGACAAACACUUCAUUUGGAGAGUUGCGAUCGAUACAAUUACCUUAACAAAAGUGGUUGUUAUGGCUUGGAGAAUGUCGAUGAGUUACAUGAAUUUUCAAGACUGAAACAAUCGAUGGAAAUGGUUGGAUUUACCCCGGAAAAACAGAGGCGACUCUUUGCCGUUUUAUCAGCUGUUUUAUUACUUGGUAAUGUUGAAUUUCAACCGAGGAAAUCCUAUCAUCAUCAUGACGAGGCAGUGGGAGUCAAGAAUCCUGAAGUUGUUGCAUUAAUAUCGGAAUUAUUGAGGGUAAAGCAAGAGACACUUCUUGCUGCACUCACCGCUAAACGUGCACGUGCAUCGGGUGAAACUCUUGUUAUUAAUUAUAGGCUUCCAGAAGCAAUUGCAGCAAGGGAUGCAAUGGCAAAAUGUUUAUAUGGAGCUCUAUUUGAUUGGAUUGUUCUCCAGGUGAAUCAUGCGCUUCUCUCAAAAAAAGAUACACUAAGAGAUCAUCAAGGCAAUAGUAUAGGUGUUCUUGAUAUUUUUGGAUUUGAGGAUUUUAAAACAUGCAAUAGUUUUGAACAACUUUGUAUUAAUUAUGCCAACGAACAAUUGCAACAUUAUUUUAAUCAACAUGUAUUUCAAUAUGAACAAAGGGAAUAUCGAAAACAAAAUAUAAGAUGGACAGACAUUGGAUAUAGUGAUAAUUCAGCUUGCUUAAAUCUUAUCGAAGGCAAGCCCAAUGGACUUUUGUGCCUUUUGGACGAUCAGUGCAAUUUUCCUGGUGCUACUAAUGAGACGCUAUUGCAAAAAUUCAAUUCUGUUCAUAAGGACAAUUCAUUUUAUGAAGCACCUCAACGACGUGAGGCUGCAUUUGUUGUUCGACAUUAUGCGGGUUCAGUUAAAUAUCAAACGUCAAAUAUGAGAGAAAAAAAUCUCGAUUUGAUGCGACCUGAUGGUGUUGUUGGUGUAUUGAAAAAUUCUUCUCUUGCAUUUGUACGUGAAUUAGUUGGUGCUGAUCCAGUUGCUGUGUUUAGAUGGGCGAUACUUAGAGCAUUCUUUCGCGCGCAUUUUGCAUUUCAAGAGGCAGGAAGAAUUCACAGACAUGGCAGAACGGAUGGUAAUAAAACAUCUGUACAAAACAGAUACAGAACACCAAAUGAGAAUUUAAUAAGUUCGCACAAACAAAUUCGCCCGCCAAGUUAUCAGAAGCAGCGAAGUGUCUGCUUACCACCGAUCACCCCAUCUGCCACAUUAACUGUCACACAAAUUGAAAACAACGACAGUGUUAACAACAACCGGUUAUCAUGGCCACAAUUUAGAAAUAUUAAUCAGAUGCAACAGCCUUCAAUUGUAACGACAAAAAGUUACAUUGUAAGGGAAAGGGAAGAGCAGCCCAAUAGUAAUAAUAGAUUCAGGCGUGAUACACAUACGCCACUAGAGAGGGUACUUCCAAAUGACGAAGCAAACGUUAUGGAACGUGCGAAUCGAAUUGUCAUGAAAAACAAAUCGUUUCGGCCACGAGAACGGGGCAAGAAAGGCCUAAAAAAUUUACAAACUGUAAAAACACUCGCUGGUAGAACACAAAGUUAUGGAACUGGUCCUGGAAAAGCGCGUAAACAACCAAUGACAGUUUCAGCUCAAUUUCAACAAAGUUUACAUAGUUUAAUGGACACAUUGAAUCAAGCGAAUCCAUUUUUUAUUCGAUGUAUUAAGAGUAACGCGAACAAAGUACCAAAUGAAUUUGACGAAGAAACAGUUCAAAGACAAUUGAGAUAUACAGGAAUGUUGGAGACUGUUAGAAUUAGACAAGCUGGUUUCAAUGUGAGAUUAACUUAUGAAGAAUUCAUUCAAUUAUAUCGAAUGCUCCUUCCAAAGGGAUUAUUGAGUUCACAAGCUGAUGUUAGACAUUUUCUAUUGACAUUAAAUCUUGACAAUGAUAAUUAUCAACUUGGAGCGACAAAAGUAUUUUUGCGCGAAUCAGAAAAAAUUAAAUUAGACAUUAAAUUACAUCAGCAAAUAAUUACAAGUAUUACAACAAUACAAAAAUGGUUUAGAGCAUGUUUAGAGAGAAGAAAAUUUUUAAGGUUAAAAAAUGCUGUUGUACAAAUACAAGCAUUUUGGCGUAUGAUACUUGCACAGAAAUUUGCACAUUCAUUGCGUACACGAAUUGAAGCUGCAAUUCAUAUACAAUCGGCAUGGAGGGCAUAUAAAAUUCAUAAUUGGUUUAAAAAAUUGAAAUGCUGUGUAAUAACAUUCCAGGCGUGUGUGAGGGGUAAUAAUGUUAGAAAAGCUGUCGCUGAUAUGAAGAGAAAGAAGAAACGUGAUAUUAUGUUUAGAUCGGAUGCAAGGGGAGAACUUCGCGAUAAAGAAUUUGGCAGUGAAGAUUCAAGGAGUUUCUCAUCGUCCACGGAAAGUAGUGUCUUCACUCGUCGUCUUGAACCUUAUGAACGAGUUCUUCCAUCAAGAGUCGAUGACAUUCAUCAAGAGCCAUCAUUUGAUUCAUCGCUCGCCUAUCGUAAAGUAGUGCCGAAUAAACGUUUCUUUAAUGAUCCAAUAUCAGUGUCAAAAUCAAGUGAAACAUUUUAUCCCGAUGUGAGUAAUGAGAGAAAAGGAAGUCUCGAAAGUUUAGCGAGUCUUCGUAGUUAUGAAUCUCAAUUAAGUAUCGAUAGUUCUGAAUCGCAUCAUUCACAAGAAAAUUCCAAACCCAUACCAAGUAUGAGAACAAGACGAAAUGAACAAACAUCAGUGACAUCGGCAAUGAUAAAUACCAGUCUAACAAAUACUGCCAGCAGCCAAUUAUCAAGUAAAAGAACCGAUAGUUCAUCAACUGGUUAUAGUGAUGGUGAUACUGAUGCUGAGACACCAAGUGCCGUUCACAGUGCACCGCCUGUUUUUAAUACAACUCCAUUUUCAAGUAGUCGCGAUAUGGCUUAUCAUUUAUCAUCAUUGAAUAUAACACAAAAUCCAAAUAGCAGUGGCGAUAAUAUUUGGAAGAAACGUUCUGAUUUACCACAAUCAUCAUCGUCAUCAUCAUCAUCACCGUACAAUGAUUAUUUAAUGCAAAUACCACAAAAGGCAACAGUGACACGUUCACAAAAUGUUUCACAAUAUCGAAAUUUAACUGAAACACUAUUGGAGCAAGCGCGACUUGAAAGACUCAAUGAGGCAUCAAAUUAUAAUGUUAAAAUUGUCAAUCCAACUACAUGUCGCGAACAACGAAGACUCAGUGAUAAUACUUAUCAAAAUGAAUGUGCUGAUAGUAUUCAUAGACGUGAAAAUAUUUACACUGGUGGUAAAUGUAUGAAAGAUUAUAAUUAUUUGAGAAGGCAAAAUUCAGAAGGUGAUACAAAUUUAAAAACAGAUGAUGCAAUGAAAAUUUCAAAAGAUAUGAGAGAAAGAACAAUAGUGAGAAAUAAAGAAAAAGAACCCGAUGUACCGGUGAGAAUUGGACGAAGAAAUCGUUUACCACGUGAAGUUCAAUGUCGUUCAAUGGGCGAGAGUGCAACAACAGAUGUUAAUACAAAUGAAAAUAGAAAUCUAUUUCUUGGUACAAUACGUGAAAGUGAUUUAAAAACAGGUAAUGUUUGGAUAAAUAAAGAAGAGAGAAAUAUACCCACCGAUUGGUCAACAAAUAAUAAAAAUGAUGUUGUACAAUUUAAAGAUCAAAAACGUGUUAGAUCAAAUGCCAUAAAUUUUGAAUUACGUCGAAGAAAUUCAGAUCCAGCGACAAAAAUUUCUGUACUUGAUGAUAAAACAACUGAUACUAGUCCUGAUUUUAAACAUGCAUCGGAAAGUAUUGAAUGGAAGGGUAAUUAUUUUACAUUAGCUGGUCAUCGUUUUCGUAAAGUUGCAAGAUUUUCAAAAGACGAUGUUUGUGUAUGUUGUCAUGCUAAAAUGGAUGCAUUUGUAACACAAGGUUAUAAAUGUAAUGAUUGUAAACAAUUAUAUCAUGUUAAAUGUAUACAAAAUGGUGGUGUAUUAAAAAUGCCAUGUAUGAUGGCAAAUGCGCCAAAUAGAAGGAAUCGUAAAAAAACAGGACGUACGAUAUAUGAAAAUGUUAAACAAAAUGUAACAUCGAAAUUUAGUUUAACUGGUACAUCAGCAUUUUCAGAUAGUACAGAUAAAAUAAUAUCUGAUGCUAAAGAAUUGGCAUUAAUGCAAGAUUUUAUAACGAAAAAAAUUUAUGCUAUGGAAAGUCAAGAGGAGGGAGGUAAAAGAAAUGAUGUUGAUCGUGUAUUUAAACAGGCAUUGAGAAAAUUUAAAGAUGAUUUAGUGAUAACUUAUAGUGUGGCAAUACAACAGGGUAUUGAGGGUAAUAUUAAGUAUACGGAUUUAAUUGCUAAUUUUCUUCAUGUUAUUGAAACAGUUUGUAAACAGGAGAAUACAAGGGAAGAUUUUCCUGUUUCAAUGGGUGUUAAUGCAUUUCGUGGAUUUAUGAAUGAAUUUAUGAAAUUGUCAAAAACGGAAGCAAUUGAAAAGCAAAGUAAAAGUAAGAGGAAAAAGGAGAAAAAAAGAAAACAAGAGGAACCAAUAAGACAUGGUAAUCAUAUGUUUCAAUUGACAAUUAUAAAUAUUCCAACGGCUUGUGAGGUUUGUACAUCAUUUUUUAUGUGGCCAAUUGAAAGAGGAUUGGUUUGUCAAAAUUGUAAAUUAACAUGCCAUAAGAAAUGUUAUACAAAAGCAUCGGAAUGCGGUAAAGAGGGUUCAAUAAGUGAAAUAAAUUCACGACAUGUUUUUGGUGUUCCAUUAUAUAAACUUGAUUGUGGUGAUGGUAAAGUUCCAUUGGUUGUUGAUCGUUUAAUAACAACAAUUGAAAUGCGUGGUUUAUAUACGGAGGGAAUUUAUCGAAAAAGUGGUGUUAGUUCAAAAGUUAAGGAACUUAAAAUGAAAAUGGAUGAGGGCGAUUUGGAGAAAGUUGAUUUUGAAAAUUAUCAAGUACACGUAUUGGCUGCUGUUUUAAAGAGUUUCUUUCGUGAUAUGCCUGAGCCAUUACUUACAUAUGAAUAUUAUGAUGAUUUUUUGCAUGCUGCAAGUUUAACUGAUCCUCACGAUAGAAUAAGUACGUUGUUUGCAAUUUUGAAAAAAUUGCCAAAACCAAAUUUUGAUCUUAUGGAACGUCUUAUUGUUCAUUUGGCAAGAGUUGCAAGACACGAGGAGGAUAAUCGUAUGUCACCAUCGGCAUUGGCUAUUGUUUUUGCACCUUGUAUAUUGAGGACAAAUAGAAUAUUACCGGCGCAAGAUUCAUUGCAAGAUGUUGGUAGGCAAACACGUUGUGUUGAGACAAUUGUUCAGGAAAAAUUGCGCGUUGUUCGUGCAACAUUGGCUGAUAUUAAUACAUUGGAAACGGCGUGUCAUACGGCGACACAUCGAUUAUCGAGUUUGAGAUCGUCGAAAAUAUUUAGUCCUGAAGAAUUAAAUGUAACAUCAUCGAGUCCAGUGUCAAGGGGAACAACAGUUGAAACAGAAAGAGAUCGAAGCGAUGAGGAAGAGGCAAUUCUUGUUGGUCAUAUUAAAGAAAUUGAAAAAGAAAAAGCUCUUCUCACGUCAACAUUACCCAGUUUAACGAGAGCAUCGUCCGAUGAUGAUCUUCUUCUCUCAGCAACUGAUCUAGACGAUGGAUCAUUGGACGAUUUACUACCAUCUGCUGACGGCCUAGUCAGAAAAAAACCAAUUCAAAGACAAAGCUCAGCGGACAACUCGUUUCAGACAAUCAUUCACCAUGACGAGGAUAUGGUGAUGGUAUGACGAGAAUACAUCGUCCAAAAGACACGUCUCGGUUAAGUACACCAAUCAAAGUAGAUUAUAUUAUUAACUGAAAAUAAUGUCAGUGCUGCCUGCGUGAAGCUUUGCGAAUCGCGAGUCUCUUUUUGAAACAAAAAAAAGCAUUUGUUGACAGUUAACUAAAUAAUAAUAAUAGCAAAACUUGACUCUAGAUAGGUUUAGUAAUUUGUUGAAUCCAGAUAAUGUUUUUUGCGAGUGUGGAUAAAACAGAUAUAUAUAUAUACAUAAAUAUGCGAUAUUAUUGCAUUUAAUGAAAGGUGAAAAAAAAAAAAUUCUAUUUUAUCUUUCAUCAUUCUUGAUUCGUUAAAAGAAAAAUUUACUUCCGAAGAAUGAACUUCAUGAAGCAUGAAAUAAAAAAGAGAAAACUUAUCAGGUAUCACGUUUUCCAAAUUGCACUUUGCAAUAAAUUAUUUUUUAUUAUUAUUAUAUUAUAUUAUUAUAUAUUAUAUUAUAUUACAUAUUAUUAUAUGAUUCUUUAAUGUUAAAGUUGUUGUAUGACGCUGUUUUUUUUUUUUAAUUUUUUUUUUUAAUUUUUAUUUGUUUGGUGGAUGAAACGACGUAGUUCUUUCAUCUGGAUAUAAGAUUCUGUACAAAGAGUGGAAAAGGCGCUAAGGCGUUAGACUGAAAACAAAACAAAAAAAAGGAGAAA